AGUCGAAAUAUGACUUUUAUUUUGAAAGCAGGUGUUAACGCAUGGUUUUGCGGGAUGUUGAUACCAGAGAGAGUGUCAUGGAAAGAUGUCUUCAUUGGUGGCCUAUGAGGAUUCAGAGUCAGAGGAUGAACCUUUGGAUCCAACAGAGGACGGAGCAUCAACUUCUGUUCAAACUGGAUCCUUUAAACAAAAUCAAGAAAUCAAAUUACGUUUCAACUCGCAGGUCACACAGAGAGCUCAACUUUUUACCCCAGACUAUGACUGGACGCUGCUGGGAAAUCAUGAAGGUAUUCCAGAAAAAAGCCCUUCCCUAGCGCACGUCCAGUCACAGCCACAGAGCUGUUUUGAUCAGGAGAUAAACUACUGCGGUAGCAGGGGAGCAAAACAUAAGCCAUUUGAAGACACUGCAACUUGUCAGAGUUUACCUGCAACUCAGGGGAAUAGCUGCCCUCUGCAAACUUUUUUUCACACGCCACAAAGAUUUGGUGAUGGGAUGAACCCAAAGAGACAGAACAAUGUCCCCUCUGGUGUCAGACCAUAUAUCCCUAAGAGACAGAGACUUUCCACUACAGUAGAGACUGUGGACCCAAAGUAUCCAGCAGAGCAAGUCCCAGGCAGUCAGACCAAGGAAAGCCAAAUUCUCUUAGAUGUGUCGGAGAGAGUUAAGCCAUACCUUGCUCACAAGCCUGACACAGCGGGCAUACCAAGGAGGCUCCUGAUGCGCCUGGAGGGCCACCAAGGCCCAGUCAACACUGUGCAGUGGUGUCCCAUGCCUCAUCUCAGUCACCUGCUGCUGUCUGCAUCCAUGGACAAGACUUUCAAGGUGUGGGACGGAGCAGAGAGUGGGCGGUGUCUCCGGGAUUAUACCUGUCAUUUGGGAGCAGUGCGGGAUGCCUGUUGGACCCCCUGUGGACGACACCUUCUCACCGGGUCAUUUGACAACACGACUGUGGUCACAGAUGUGGAGACAGGGCAGCGGAUAGCAAAAUUGGACAACCAGUUCAAGGUGAUGUGUGUGGCCCUGCAUCCCAGCAAUCCAGAUGUAUUCCUGUGCGGAGGUCACAGUUCAGUGGUCAAGGCCUGGGACUCACGCAGCUGCAAGAUGGUGAAAACGUACAAAGCAGGGAUCCAGCAGACCUUGGACAUCCUCUUUCUGAGAGGUGGUAUUGACUUCAUAACAAGCUCUGACUGCGUGAGCCGAGAUUCUGCAGACCGCACUCUCAUCGCCUGGGACUUCCAGACUACGGCCAAGGUCUCCAACCAGAUUUAUCAUGAGCGAUACACAUGCCCCAGCCUGGCCCUCCAUCCGCUGGAGGAGUCCUUCGUCGCCCAGACCAAUGGGAACUACAUGGCGGCGUUUUCAUCGCAGCGCCCCUAUAGAAUGAACAAGAGGCGGCGGUACGAAGGACAUAAGGUGGAGGGAUAUGCGGUUCAGUGUGAGUUUUCUCAGGAUGGAACCAUACUGGCCUCGGGCAGCGCCACCGGCUCUGGUCAUUUCUAUGACUACCACAACGCCCGGAUGCUGCACACUCUCCGCGCCCACAGCCAGCCUUGUCUGUGUGUGUCCCAGCAUCCUGUCCUACCUGCAACUGCCGCCACCUGUGACUGGGCUGGUGAGAUCAAGAUCUGGCAUUGACCACUGUGAGAAUAUGAAGGGAAAUAAGUUCUGAGAUGGAGCAAGUUUGCAAAUAUAAAGACUAUAUUAAACUACAAACUUGUGCACUGCACAUGCAUCUUCAAGGCUGUUAUCGCUGAGCAUAAAAUGAGACAUAAGAACCCUUAUCUAAUGCUUUUGGAAAGAAAAACACAGUUUUUACAUUGCACUGUAUGAUGUGAUAUCUCCUAUAAUUUCCAAAACCACCCACAUUUUCAUUCCUUUUGAUAAAAACUCAUGUUGGCAGAAGAAAAGUCACAAUCCUAUAAACAUAAUAUUCAUAUUUUGCUCAUCUUGCAAAUCAGGGAAAGUCAUAAGAUGAAAGGAAGUGUGAACAGCGAACGAUUGUCGUGGAUUUUAUGGUGGUAUAGUGGUGGUAAAGCAGUGUAGCUGCACAAACACACACUCACUCACACACUCCUCAUUUUUUUCAAAAUAAAAAUGAAAUCAUGUCUUGGCAUUUCUAGUGUUUUUCAAUGAAUGUUUUGUAUUAACAUCACCUUUGUUCUCCCUGGCUAUGGUAUGAUUGUUUUUUGAGAGCAUCAUGGAGACAACCACAUAUAUUAAAACUUACAAAAGUAGGACGAUAUCUGUCAAAGUUCUGUCUGGCUCUUCCACCUACUCUGCUAGUCAACAACAAAACAGUGAAGUACAGAGUAAGGCUUGUGAUUGUCUUUCAAUUUUUAGUAAAAUGUCUAAUUCUCUAAUACAUGUUUAGCAUUUAAAAGACCCCUAACUGUCUCACACAGCAGAAAUCUGCCCUUGUUUGUAAUAUUCCUAAUGUUUUGAUGUUUUAGCGAGUUUACAUCCUUGUUUAAUCAUCAGACAUGUUAGGGAAGAAAAACAAAGUCGAGGGUGAACUUCAGUGUGUCUUCUCAGGAAAGAAGAGCAAGAUGGACUUCAGUCGGUGGAUAGUAGAAUUUUUCACUUUAAAAAAAUGGUGUGUUUGAUGUUUUUGGGAAAUCUAACGGGCAACAAUUGUACUUUAAAUCCACAGAAAUCCAUGUCUCUUUUCAAGGUAAUGGACUAUUUUCUUUUUAAUGACGUCAUCUGCUUUACCUGUCUGAUAUAGCUUUUUAUAAGAGGACGGAAAUAUUUGCUAGUUACCCAGUGAUUUAAAGUUUGUUUGUUUUUUUUCCUUUUUAUUGUGUGCAUUUUAUAACUAGUCAUUGUGUUUAUAGUGACAAAAAUAGCCAUCAUCCUGCACUGCUCCCUAAUGUCAUCAAACUAGGUGAUUUGUUAUUUUUUGAUUGAGUGAGCUAUAGCUGCAGAAAUUACAAAAUUAAAUGUGAGGUAGAAUUUUGUGCAAAAAUGA